CUCACAUCCAUCCUCCUUAGAUAGCGUAGUUCCGCUCGUUCGCCGCUGCCACUCAUUUCUCCUCAUAGUCUACGUUGUUUAUGCUGCUCUGCACUGUCAUUUCAUAGUUUGAAGUCCUGUCCGGACCGCACCUCCCGUAUCCUGCUUCGCUAUCUCACGCUCCUUCUAAAUUCGGAACUCGAACGCAGCAGGGCCACCGACGGUCUCUCUCCCACUCCUCCAUUCACUGAACCUUUGCUUCACUGCCCUUCGAAAGAUUCACCAUGUAUAUCACCUCAGAACUCUUUCGGCCUGAAUUAGCGGCAGACUUUACGACUCCAUUCCUCGACAAAAGCACCAUGGUGGAACCACGACACAUACUCAGCCUUGGAAAGAGGAAACGGUGUAUGGAGGCAGACCCAGCGGCGACAAUGAGCGCCAAGUGCGAAAGGGCUUCAGAUGGCUCCUCCAGUAUGGCAAUGGACACCUGGAUUUACAGCAGUCACACAGCAUUUCAACGGCUCGAAUCUAGUGCCACGGCCGCUUGCAAAGUUGGCUCUUCGCCCAAACAUCAGCAUCAGACCCUGCGCCACGCAAAACCAGAUAAUAGUCCCUGGGUGCUUAGAGUCCCUGCGCCAUUUCCUUCCAUGCCUUCAAGCCUAGACGCUCGACCCUUCAAACAACCCCGUCGCCUCCAUCACUCCGCCAAGAAAAUCUCCCUCCUCAAAUCGCCGUCUCAUCUCAUGGACAUCGUUUCUGGACCCUCAUCUUCCUCCAAUAUCGAUAUAGCUGCUUCGUCGAGCAAUACUACUAAUUCUGAUCUUCGUCCCUGUCAUAUCUGUCACAAAGCGCCGAUGCGAAAACGCGAUUUAGAGGGCUAUUUCGAGUGCAGAAGCUGUGGUGAACGAGCUUGCUAUGUCUGUACACGUUCAUGUAUUGGGAAGUGCAGGAGACUGCUUUGUAGCAGGUGCUGCGUAGAAAUUGGGCAGGAGGGAGAUGCGUGGUGCAAGGAGUGUUGUGGCGGUCCAGCUGAUGGGUGAUUUUGACAAAUAGAAGUCGCGUGAGUCGUAUAGGACGGGGAAGGAGGCCAGAGAGCUCGUUCUUGGACUGGGACAAGGGUAUGUGGUUAUCACAAUACCAGUUGAACAUCAGAGCAUAUUGAAAUGUGUAUAUAUUCCGACACGAAAUCUAGUCACGGCGGUCUGUAGGUGAGGCGGGAAUGCUUCAAACGCGAUGCUAUCGUGGUAGCAUAUUCUUGGUGUAGAGCUUAUAGUUUUCGGGAGCGACUUCUGGGGGCGGCGUUCUUCCGGUGAACAUACGAUUUCUAAGGGCCGGGCAAGGAUUAACUUUUAGUGCCACAUAGGUUAACUGCAUGUUACCACUGAGUAUAGCAUAGGGGUAAUUGAGGACAGGAAUUUACCCGCUGUUG